AUUUUGAAUUAAUUUUAAGGAAGAAGCAGCAUUGACAUGUUAAAUAGUUUUAUAUCAUAUACUUCGGGAUGGUAUUUGGGAUAGCUUUUUUUUGUUAAAUAAUACAUAAAAUGUGGACUCUAGCUCAGGAAGCAAAUUGGGAAGAACUAAAAUAUGUUAUCUCGAAUGGUGAUGGUGUUGACUGCCGAGAGGCAUUAAUAAAAAUCAAAGAUGCAGUUAUUGGUAGCAACAAACAAAAAGGUGCACUCAUCUCGCAUGACUUGGUGCCUGUCAUACUCAACACUUGCAUCGACCAAGAUCAAAGCCCAGAUCGGAAAAUGGAUGCACUGGUCAUAUUAGGUUCAUUGGCGAAAGGAUCGGAAGAACAAGUUGAGCUGCUAGUGAAACAAUAUAAUGUCGUACCAUAUUUGUUAAAAGAAAUUGUUUCAAAGAAUAAUAGUAAAAAAGGCGUUGAAACGUGUCUCAGCACAUUGCGGUCAAUAUUUGAACAUCCAUGCGCUCCCAAAGAAAACUUUCUGGCCAACACGGAUGUUUUGAAACAUUUUUUGCGUCUUGCUUCUGCGGGUAGCUCAUUAAAAACACAAAUAUGCAUAACCAGCAUACUUGAGUCGGUGUGUCAGACAAACGAGGAUCAACUGCGACUUCUGCAUGCCGGCACAUUGCAUAUAUUAUCUCGCAUGAUUUGCUAUGACAACGAAGAUAUACAAAUACCGGCGCUACGUUGUUUAUCCUGCAUGUGCUAUUCAAAUCGAUCGGUCGCUGACAAUAUUUGUGUUAUAAGUUUUCAAGGCAGAUCUCUGCCAGACAUACUCAAUUCUCUAACUUCGAGACUAUUUUCUGCUGAAAUACAGUUAACCGCGGCCAGAUGCUUAACCUAUAUUUACAGGUCGGGUACUCUGCCCUCAACGGAUAAUAGAAUAUCGCAAAAAGCGCUUCCCACCUUAGCCCGCUUAUGUGCCGAAAGUUUUGAUCACUCUAUUAUAGCGUCUGCUUCGGAAACGCUAGCCUAUCUUAUAGAGAUUGAUUCGGAACUGCAACGCACCGCCGCAAUUACGAAUCACUUGCUGAAAUCGCUAUCCGAUUUAUUGCAAAGUCAAGACCCUGCAGUCAAACAAGCGGCGCUCUGUUGUUUUGCAUCUUUAGGAGCGAAUGAUGAGGCAAUCAGAAAGCGUUUAAUGGACACAUAUGGUCUGAUAAAUGCUAUAUUAAAUGGAUUAAAAGAUUCCAACUCACAGGUAAAAUUGUCUGCCAUUAGAUGUCUACACUCGCUGUCGAGAUCUGUGCAACAGUUACGCACCACAUUUCAGGACUACACAAUUUGGGAACCACUGAUGGGUAUAUUUGCAACCGAAACUUCUAUUGAAUUCCUGGUUGCUGUUACUUCAACCAUUUGCAAUCUACUUUUGGAAUUUUCACCAUCCAAGGAACCCAUAAUUAAUGCCGGCAUUAUUGAGAGAUUGUGCCAAUAUACUAUGCAUACGGAUCCCUCCCUAAGAUUAAAUAGCAUAUGGGCUUUAAUGAAUAUGUCAUUUCAGUCCGAAAUGUAUGUGAAAACUGAUAUUAUUAAUACGCUUGGUACCAAGCGUAUAUUGGAGUUGGUGAACGAUACCGAUACCAGGAUUGUGAUGAAAACAUUAGGGCUGUUAAGAAAUUUAUUGAGUAAAACUCAUCAUAUUGAAAUAAUUAUGAGAGCGUAUUCAUGUGAAGUGCUCGAAGCUAUUAAUAAGUUACUAGAAUCCGAUCAUUCGUCGGAAGUUAAAGAACAAGCGUUCUGUAUUAUUGGCAAUAUUGCAGCUGAAGAUGAGAAUGGUGAUUACAUUAUAAUGGAUAAUAAAAUCAUGGCUCACUUGGCUGCCUUUCUGUUCCAUCCUGAUAUGAAACUUCAAGCGGGCGCACUUUUUGCUAUCUACAAUCUCGUACAUCGGAAGGAUUCAUGGUCAAUGGAAAAGUAUUCUCGACUAAGUGAAUCGAAUAUCAUUAAGAAUGUUAAUGAAUUAAAUAAGAAAACUACUCGGAACAAAGCACAAUGUGAAGAUUAUAUAAGCCGAACUUUAAAGCAAAUUGUUAUACAAUGUAAACAUUUCUACCCGGAGAUUUUACAGUAAUUAUUAAAAAAAUAUAUACACAUAAUAAUGUACAUAUGAUUAAUACUAUUAUAAUUACAAUAGUUUUAUGUUUUCAAACAGUUUUUCUUGUUGAAAUAUACUGUAGCGUUUUGAACGUAAGUGGUUUUGAUAAUUAAAAUCAUAAAAGUAUGAGAAAAUUUAUAUUAUGGUAUUUAAUACUGUUCUUCAAUCAAAUCGAAUAAACUUGUACCGGGAGUCAAAA